AUGACGAGGGUUCCUUUGUGCGCUCGGGUGGUCACAGCCACCAUUGAGCGUGAACGUAACUGCAAAAGCUCUCCGUCAGACGUUUUCGACCGAGGUUUGGUCCGAUGCUUUACAAGCAGAAGAGGGGAGACUCCUGCGCCGAAGCGUGCUUCUAGACCUCCCCAGGUCCACACAGAUGCAUUCCCCACGCCUAUGGAGGUCUCCAUGCAAACUGUCGCAGUCGUGCGCUCUCCGUACAAGGAGCGCUUUGGAUGUCCACGACAGCCGACGGUCACACAAGGAGUUGUAGGUGGAGAAGCUGGUGCUGGCUUUCUUGAGCUUGUUCCCAGCGAGCAUAAUCCGGAGGAGAAGCUUCGAAUGGCGCUGCGCGAGCUUUCCGGCUUCGAGUUCAUCUGGGUUAUCAGCUAUUUGCACAUGAACGAAGGUUGGUCAGCAAGCGUCACACCGCCCAGAGGGCCGCGCCGAAAACGCGGCCUUUUUGCGACGCGAGCUCCACAUCGACCGAACCACGUUGGUCUUUCGGCAUGUCGAUUGAUGGACGUGGACGAAGCCAAUCUGAAAGUUUCCGUCCACGGUCUGGAUUUGCUCGACGGCACACCGGUCCUUGACAUCAAGCCGUACGUCCCCUAUUGCGACAGCUUUGCAGGUGCCAGAGCAGGAUGGUUGGAGGAGAUCGAUGAGGCCAACGAGCGCGACCACCUCGCCUACUGGCCGUGUCCCGCUGCAUUCUUGAAGUGCAAGUGCACUGGAGAUUUCGUGAAGUUGCGGGGAAGCCAGGUCGCCCAGCUUCCACCUGCAAGAGGAGAUGCCAGCUUAGACUUGCCUAGUGCAGUUUUGUCAGUGCACACAGCUUUUUGGCUGACGCCGAUUGUAGCGAUUUUGGUAUACAUUCUAGAAGUGGGCUUGACGUGGCGAGCUCUCGCGAUGGGUGUGGCUGCCAUGUCGAUCUUUGUUGCCCUUUUUGUGAUCGUGAUCCUGCUGGCCCCACAACUGGGCUGCUAUGCCUUGUCAUCAAGCUUGCAAGUCAGCCUUCUGCAGCAUCCGGGCUGCCCGCUUAGCCAGAUGGUUCUUCCUGCAAUCGGCAGUGCUCAAGGUAUGGAGCUUUGCAACAACGCGUACUGCCAUCGACUGAGGGAUGCCCUCGGAAACAACUAUUGCUAUGCUGGCAUGGUGUCGAUAGGCGACUACCAGGUAGUUGAGGCGACGCUAAGGAGCGGACAGUCUCGAACGGCCCUUCUGGGGGCACAGGCCUUGACCAAUUUGCCGAAAGUGGAUCGUGACAUCUUCUUUUUGCAAAUGCCAAAUCUGGAUGUGAACUCGUUGCACGAGAGGUUUGUUGCAUGUUUCAAGCACUACAUGUUCAGUGAGGGAUUUGCAGAAAGGAUGAAGUCCGAGAAGGCAGCACGGCUGUGGGCACAGCUGGCCGAGGACUACAGGCGAAUGCCGCAUGGGCUUGGUGAAGAGUUCCACAAAGCCUCAGACAAAGGUCUGCGGGGCUUUUUCAUCAGGUAUUUCUUCUACGUGAUGAUCGGCCUCGAUCCGGAAGACCCAGAAGUGAUGAGAGCGCUUGUACCGCUUAUGCAGGGCGAUACUCCGAUUGGUUUCGCCUACUUGUGGCCAAUGGCGAGGUUGGGAAUACUGAACGGCUAUAUCAACGAGAUAGAUUCGAGGAUAUACAACAGCCCAGCCCUUUCAGACUUUAUAGAAGGUGAAGAGUGCUAUGGCAAGAUGUCGAAGCUGGAGCUUUCGAGGCUGACAACCUGCAUCUUCAGAUUGGCAGCGAUCACUGGCACACUUCAGCUGGCCAAGUCCAUUACUGGCGGACUGCAGCUGCCGAACUACAAGGACAUGGACAAAAUUGACAUACCGUCGCAGUGGGACAAGCUUGAUCUCAAGGAUGAUGUUGCCUUGCAGAAUUUCUGCUACGAGGUAGGCGGCAGGGUGAAAUCAGCGACGCAUGACUUCUUGCAGAUCAUCGGUUCACAGAUGGCCUAA